GACUUUAUAAUCAGGCAGAAGAAUGGGCAGCGCGGGGUCCUUCGAAAGGAGAAACACUUCCGUGGAAUAAAACUACUAUUAGGAAGGUCAGGAUGGUCCAAAAAAUACUCAAUAAAUUCGUCGGGGCCAAAUACGUCACAAUUUUGCGGACGUGGGUACCGAACAUGUUAGCGUGGGGGACGGUGGGUGGCGUAGCGCUGGUUCACUUCACCGACUGGCGGUUGAUCCUCGACUACGUGCCGUAUAUUAAGGGCAAGUUCCGCAAUGAUGACUGAAGACUUUUUUUGACUCUCGAGUAAAGCAUCCAGUAUAUCCGUGGACUGAGUGGGCUUCCUUCUACCUGGUCAGCGUAAAACGGAACGAUGAUGAUGUCCACGUGCUGCAGGGACUUGUUUGGAUGCAUUCUGCAUAAUGCAGACCUUUUGACCAGUAACUAUUUAACAUGAAUAAAUCUAAAAACGUGAA